AUGGACAGCGAGGAAGAAACGCUGCAGCAGCAGCAGCAGCAGCAGCAGCAGAGUCAAACGAAACAGCAGGGGCAGCAGCAGAAAUCUCUUGUGCAGCGUCAGGAACAAAGCCGGCAGCAGGGGCCGUCACACCAACGGCAGGAAGAACAGCAACAAGAACAGCAACAAGGGCAGCAGCAGCCGCAGCAGCAGCAGCCGCAGCAGCAGCAGCAGCGUCACCAGCAGCAGAAGCUGGAGGUGCCGCAGCAACAACAUCAAGCGCAGCAGCAGCAGCGUCACCAGCAGCAGAAGAUGGAGGUGCCGCAGCAACAACAUCAAGCGCAGCUGCGCGAGCAGCCGCAGCAGCAGCAGCAGCAGCUGCUGCUGCUGCAAACCAGAGCCGUCGAAGGGCCACCAGCUUCUCACCGUGUCUGUUUUUCGGAACCAGCAACAGCAGAAAGCCCAGCAGCAGCAGCAGCAACAGCAAGUACAGCAGAACAGAAGGGAGCAGCAGAGGUGGAUGAGUGCGUCGCCGCCGCUGUGAAAGAGGCGCAACUCGCAGCAGCAGCUGCAGCAGCAGCAGCAGAAGCAGAAGCAGCAGCAGCAGCAGAAGCAGCCGCAGAAGCAACAGCAGCAGAAGAGGACGACGAAGAUGAGGGGAUGGACCCACAAGAAACCGACGCAGCUGCAGCAGCAGCAGAUGCUGCUGCAGCGGCUGCAGCUGCCAGUGGGAGGCUUGACCUCUUCAGCGCCACAAAACUUACAGCUUUAGUUUUCAGGGAUCAGGGUUUAGGGACGAUAUCCAGUUGCUGCUGCAGCGGCAGCAGCAGCAGCAGCAGCAGCAGCAGGGAGCUCGCUGCUGUCCGCCGUCUGCCGACUUCUGCUGCUACCAUUCCUCCUGGCCCCGCCGGCAGCGCUGCGGACUGCUGCGCACCGUACACCGCUGCCUGCAGCAGCAGCAGCAGCAGCAGCAACAGGUUCUGCUGCUGCUGCAGCAGCCAAGAGGGGCGUCUCGUCCUCAGCAGCAUCAGCUGCUGCUUUCCCUCCCACACAGUCACUUCUAUACUGGGGGGCUCGGGCGCAGGAAAGAGCACAUUUUUGUCUCUUGUGGCUGGGAGGCUCCGUCCAUUGGCAACAGCUGCUGCGCCCACAGCAGCAGCAGCAGCAGCAGCUGCUGCUGCUGCAAGGGGUGCAGCAGCUGCAGCUGCAUACGCGGGUGGCGACGGCUCUGCUGCGGGCGCAGAGCCUCGGCCCUCGCUGCAGCAGCAGCAGCAGCGGAGCAAUAAAGAGAGAACAAGGACAAAGGGAGCAGCAGCAAGAACUACGGAGGAGCCGGUGCUGCUGCUGAACGGCGUGAAGGCCCCCAAGGCGUGGCGGCGGCUUGUGGGGUUCUGCCUGCAGCAGGACCUGCUGCUGCUGCAGCAGCUGUCGGUGCAGCAGACGCUGCUGCUGGAAGCGAAGCUUCGGAUGGGCAGAGGUGUAUGUACAGGUGCAGACACACUGUUGUGGGGUCGCCGUUCUCACGCGGGCUCUCUGGAGGCGAGCGAAGAAGGCUUUCGGUGGCCUGAUAUCGUUGCCGGUGGUGCUGCUUCCUGUUUGACUGCUGCUGCUGCUGUAGCUAUUGUUGCUGCGGCGUUUGUUGCUGCUGAUAUUAUUGCUGCGGUUGCUGCUGUUGUUUCUAAUACUGCUGCUGUUGCUGCUGUUCCAGUCGGGCUUACGCGCGGCCUCGACGCAGCAGCAGCGUCGCAUCUGCUGCGGCUGCUGCAGCGCGUAGCAGCAGAAAACGGCACAACAGUUAUCUGCACUAUUCACCAACCCUCUCCACAGCUGUUCUUAUCUUUCGGGAGGGUCCUUUUUCUAGCGGAGGGUCGUUUGGUCUUCUGCGGGAAGCCACAGCAGCUACGAGCGUACGAGGCAGUGCUGCUGCAGCAGCCCACCGCUGCUGCUGCUGCUGCUGCUGCUGCUGCGAGUGACGCUGGCCGCCGCCUAGACGAUGGCGCUUAUGCAGCUGAAGCAGAAGGCCCCGGCGAAAUAGCAGAAGCCGCAGAAGCAGCAGAAACAGCAACAGCAACGCCGCCCGACUGCUGCGUAGCUGAGCACUUUUUAGAACUUGCUUGUGGAGUGGGGGCUUUCCGCACCUAUCCUAUAUUGGUAGCUCAUUUGCAGAAGCUGCUGCUGCUGUUGCAGCAGCAGCAGCACCAGAAUUUGAUGCAGCAGAACCAGCUGCACCAGCGCCGGCUGCACCAACCUAGCAGGAGCAGCAGCAGCAGCACCUGCAGCAACAGCAGCGAGCUGCUGCACUUUGCUGAAACGGAGGGACUGAUAUGGCAGAUAGAACACCUCCUACAGCAUCAGCAGGAGUUGCUGCUGCCAGAAACAGAUAAGAAACACCACGGAGCAGCGAAAAUUGCAGAAGUCCUUGACUUAAUUUUUCGGGUGUACAGACACCCCAAGGCUCUUGUCCUGAGGGACGACUUUCAGGCAAUAGCUGAUGCUGCUUCUGCUGCUGCAAGUGCUGCCGCUGGUGCUGCUGUUGAUGCUGCUGCUUCGGCGGUUCUUUCUCCCGUGGGCAGUGCUACGGCAGCACAAAACGCAGCAGCAGCAGCAACAGCGACAGAACCAGCAGCAGCAGCAGCACUGACGCUGCACCAGUCAGCAAUGGAGGCAGCGGGGACUAUCAAGGGAACCUUAAGUGUGGACGAGGGCAAAAACGAGAAAGAAGAAUAUCUUUCAGCAAGAUCAGCAUCUCCGGCUGCAUUACCAGUGGAUGAGGCAGCAGCAGCAGCACCAGCAGUGGACGCAGCAGCAGCCGGAAGUGCAGCAGCAGGCCCUCUCUUGCAGCAAGUGUCUGUGCAAAGGGUGCCUUCGACCGAAGCAAGACGAGCUGCAGCAGCAGCAGCAAGGUCAGCAACAAGUGCACCAUGCCGUCGUCGGGAGCUAAUAGCUGCAGCAGCAGCCAUAAAGGCGGCGAGCAGCCCUUUGCUGCAGUUCGAGGUGCUGCUGCAGCGGCAGCUUAUCUCGGAAGCAAGAGGCACAGCAGCAGCAGCCGAUCUAGCACAGGCGCUGCUGCUCGCACUUAUAGUAGGAUCUCUUUACUUCAAGCGUAUGGCCGACUACACCACAGACGGACUGCAUGAAAGGCUGGGUCUGCAUCGGCUUCUGCUGCUGCUGCUGCUUUUGUUACUUUUUCUGCUGUUGGUUGCUGCUGCUGAAGCUCUUGCUCUAUUCGCAUUGCAAAAGUUGAAGAGUUCUACUGCCUUUGCUGCAACCGUUCCCGCGGCUGGUGCUGCUGCUCUUGCCAUUGCUGCUGCUGCUGCUGUUAUUCGCAUUGGAGAAGUUGAAGAGUUCGCUGCUGUCUUUGCUGCAACCGUUCCCGCGGCUGGUGUUGCUGCUCUUGCCAUUGCUGCUGCUGCUGCUGUUUUUGUUGCUAAUGAAGCAGUUGCUGUUGCUGUGCGGCGGCUUUCGAGAUGGUUUUUGCUGCUUCAGCUGCUUCUGUUGCUGCUGUUGUUGCGGCUCUCGCAGCUGCUUCUGCGAGAGCCGCAGCAACUUCAGCUGCUGCCGGUGUUGCCUUUAUCGUCUCUGCUGACAGCUGCAGAUCCAUCUCUCAUAUACCGGGUCAUUCUUCUGCCUUUUUGUCUUUCUCGUGAUGCAGCGCUGCUGUACUUUCUCUGCAACUACCACCUGUUCUCUCCGGCAUUUACGUCGCUCAAUGCUUUCCCUGCGAUUCGCGCCGCAGCAGCAGCGGGCAGCAGCAGCAAGCUCUUCAGUGCGGCCACGUUUCUUGCUGCUGCUACUUGCGCAGAGCUGCUGCUGCAGCUCGUCGCGCCCUUCAUCAUGCUGCUGCUCCUCCACGCCCUAGUUGCAUGGCCUGCAGACGCCCUCGGCGUGUGGCUGUCUCUGCUGCUGCUGACAGUUCUGGCGUCGUCUCUGGGCCAGUUCAUUGCCGCGUUUGCAGGCAGCAACCACCGGCUUGCUGCGCUGCUGCUGUCUGUCGCGCUGAUCUCCCUGACCCUCGUCGGGGGCUUCUACGUUUCGAUUGCUUUGCUGCCGCCUUGGGUCAAGUGGCUCGUUUAUCUCUCCCCAGCAAAUUACGCAGUUCCAACGCUGCUGCAUGUCACCCUCAAAGGGCAUACCAUCGCCUGCAGCAGCAGCAGCAGCAGCAGGAGCGGCAGCAGCAUAGGGAACACCUGCGACGACAAGCCGCUGACUGCGGCAGACAUUGCAAGCCAACUCUCGCUCGGGCUACCAGUCGCCGCCAACGUUUGCAUCUUACUUUUGUUUCUUGUGACAGUGAAGAUUGCUACACUUCUUCUUCUCAGAAAGAGGCUCCAAAUACAAAACUAG